AUGCUCCAGGUCCGGUUCCUGGUCCACUACCUGCAGGAACUCGACUUCCUGGACAAACACUCCGUGGUUCCUGCGCUCCAGGUUCGCUACCUGGUGAACCUCGACUUCCAAGACAAGCGCUCCGUAGUUUCUGCGCUCAAGGUUCACUACCUGGUGACACUUGACGUCCAGGACAAGUGCUCCGUAGUUUCUUUGUCCAAGGUCCAUUACCUGGUAGUUAGCGGUAGUUGGAGGUGGUCGGAGGUGGACGAGGAUGAGGACAAGGAAGACAAGGAUUUGUGCUCGCUCAGCGAAACUUUAAUAGCUGAGUUGGCAUUGAGAGACGAGUUGGAGUAUGAGAAGGAGCUUAAAAACCAGUUUAUUUCAUUGCUUCUCGCUGUUCAAAAUCGGCGUAGACAUUACCACGUGACAAAAAAGAGAAACCAAAUACAAAAUAGUAACAGCCCUUUGCCGCAGCAUAGAUCCAUACAAGAUUCCAAGUAUUUGACAACAGUGAUACCUUAUCACAUGGACAGUGGCCCACCUGAUAAUCAAGCUUUACAAGUCCUCAUUAAGAUAUUGAAGGCUAUUGAUGAGGAUAGUCCAACGGUGCCCACAUUAUUAACGGACUACAUAUUAAAAGAUCUGUGCCCCACUUAGUGAUCCACUAGUACAUAUCCUCCGACAUGACAUCGCUCCGCUACGUAUGCAGAAGAAAAGAUUUAUUAAGAUGCAGAUUGCUCCUCUCUUCUUGCCAUUGUGCUUUCAGCCAUUGUUGUGCUGUGUGUUUAAAAUUUAGGACAGUAUAUAAUAUAGAAUAACAUGUACAUCUACGAAUAUAGCACUGCAAUAAAUCUUAUAGAAAUGA